GAAGCCCUCAGCUUGCGGGUGUCGGUAGAACCCGGAUUCCGGAGUUUCACAUUCUUUGGAGCGGGAUUUCUGAACACGGCCGGUGGGAAAACCCGGCGCCCGGAAGCCUUCGCUUUCUUUGACGCAGGGGCUCGGGACGCAGCAGCCGUCGGCCCAGCGCCCAGCCAGGAACGACCCCAGACGGAGCCUUCGGAGUUCCUCUGCCCCCACCCCGCAGGGUCUCAGAGCUUCGGUCCUCCUCGCCGCUCUCCUCGUGGCCAUGGAGUGUCCGCACCUCAGCUCAAGCGUCUGCAUCGCUCCGGACUCAGCCAAGUUCCCCAACGGCUCCCCGUCGUCCUGGUGCUGCAGCGUGUGCCGGUCCAACAAAAGUCCCUGGGUCUGUUUGACUUGUUCAAGUGUCCACUGUGGAAGGUAUGUGAAUGGCCAUGCCAAAAAACAUUAUGAAGAUGCACAAGUACCCUUAACCAACCAUAAGAAAUCAGAAAAGCAAGAUAAAGCUCAGCACACAGUGUGUAUGGACUGCAGUAGCUAUAGUACAUAUUGUUAUCGCUGUGAUGAUUUUGUGGUUAAUGACACCAAACUGGGACUGGUACAGAAAGUCAGAGAACACUUACAGAACUUGGAAAACUCAGCUUUCACAGCUGACAGGCAUAGGAAAAGAAAACUUUUGGAAAACUCUUCAUUAAACAGCAAGAUAUUAAAAGUAAAUGGAAGCACCACUGCCAUUUGCGCCACAGGCCUCCGGAAUUUGGGGAACACUUGUUUCAUGAAUGCCAUCCUUCAGUCACUCAGUAACAUUGAGCAGUUUUGCUGUUAUUUCAAAGAACUGCCCGCUGUGGAAUUAAGGAACGGGAAAACAGCAGGAAGGCGAACAUACCACACCAGGAGCCAGGGGGAGAACAGCGUGUCUUUGGUGGAAGAGUUUAGAAAGACACUCUGUGCUUUGUGGCAAGGUAGCCAGACUGCAUUUAGCCCAGAGUCCUUAUUUUAUGUUGUCUGGAAGAUUAUGCCGAAUUUUAGGGGCUACCAGCAGCAGGACGCCCACGAGUUCAUGCGCUACCUUUUGGAUCACCUGCACUUGGAACUCCAGGGCGGUUUCAAUGGUGUUUCCCGCUCAGUAAUUCUUCAGGAGAAUUCUACUCUGUCUGCAAGUAACAAAUGUUGCAUGAAAGGGAUUUACAAGAUGAACACCCCAAAGAAAGAAAAAAAAGAAAAUGGAGCAUCUACAGUUGUCACGGCUAUAUUCGGAGGCAUCCUCCAAAAUGAGGUGAACUGCCUCAUAUGUGGGACAGAAUCUAGAAAGUUCGAUCCAUUCCUAGACCUUUCAUUAGAUAUUCCAAGUCAGUUCAGAAAUAAGCGCACUAAGAAUCAAGAAAAUGGACCAGUUUGUUCAUUACGAGAUUGUCUUCGCAGUUUUACUGACUUAGAAGAACUUGAUGAGACAGAGUUAUAUAUGUGCCACAAAUGCAAAAAGAAACAAAAAUCCACUAAAAAGUUUUGGAUUCAAAAACUACCCAAGGUGCUAUGCUUACAUUUGAAAAGAUUUCACUGGACAGCAUAUUUAAGAAACAAAGUUGAUACAUAUGUAGAAUUUCCACUGAGAGGCCUAGACAUGAAAUGCUACUUACUGGAGCCCGAGAACAGCGGCCCAGAGAACUGCCUGUACGAUCUCGCUGCCGUAGUGGUGCACCACGGUUCAGGGGUUGGUUCUGGACAUUACACAGCAUAUGCAACUCACGAAGGUCGCUGGUUCCAUUUCAAUGACAGUACUGUAACACUGACUGAUGAAGACACCGUUGUAAAGGCCAAGGCCUACAUCCUUUUUUACGUGGAACGCCAGGCCAAAGCUGGAUCGGAUAAACUCUAAUACCUCUUCUAAAUCAUUUGUCAACUAUACCGGACAAACAUUUCCAAUUUUCCAUAAAUACUUGAUCUAAGGUUUAAUUUCAUUAUGCACUUUUCAAUGUCCUGUUUUGGGUUUAGUUUUAUUAUGUCAAUGGUAGUGACUUACUGAACAUGGGCACCAACUAAUUUUUUUUUUAGUUCUACCAGAAAACCUCAGCAGAUAUUUUGAUUUGCUGCUUUAGUUGUAAUAAUUCAGUUUUUAUAUGUAGUUUGAAGAACUUAGUUCUGUUUGACUUUUUUAUAUUAAUGUUUUCAGUUCCCACUUUGAGGCACAUUUACAUCAAUGCUUUGUUCCUCUCACGUGCUGAAAGCAAGAUGUGUUCCGGAUUGUGAAGAGCAACAUAACUGCCCGCUGCCUUUCACAGCUGUCACGGAGAUCAGGCUGCCUCCAAAUCACGGAUCACGUGUGCACGUAUCUGUGGCCCACAGCACUUCAGUGACUGCUCAGUAAUCACCCUUUUUGAUUGUAAAAGCUAACUGAGGGCACCGUUAAGUAGACCAGGUAAUUGCUGCUCUUGGUGUCUCUCAAGGCUGCUGCCUAUCAGCACUAAAUAAAUUUGUUGGUUCAGUUGUACCUAUACUGCAAA